GUUCGAGAUUUGAUCGAGAUACUAGCAGAAGACGUAACCUUACCCUAUUCAAUCACAGAGAUAACAAAAAUAUUCGUAUGCAGAAAUUAAGUAUAUAUUUUCUGUAAUUAAUAAUAACAAUAACUAUAUGAUAGGAUGGGAAACCUGACUAGUUCUGAUCAGCCUAGGACUGACCACGUAUUGCCAAAGCAUCUUGGUGGAGGUCCACUUAAUUUAGGCGACCCAGAUGACAGAUCUUUGAGGAAAGUUGAGAAAGAUAUAUUAAUUCUAAACAUGGUGCGAGAUCGGGUACACAAAGAGAAAUGCUCUGCUGAAGCCGCAAAGUUAGAUAAGUGUGGUGGAGAGGCUGGACUUUUAGUUACUUUUAAGUGCGGAAAGGAAAAGGACGAGCUUAUAGAAUGCUCUAAGCGGUGGUUUCAUGAUGAAGGAUUACGAAAUGAGUGCACCGAAGAAUUUCUGAAACAACGAUCCUAUUAUCGACGCACUGGGAAACCAGGAUAUUUGCACAACCAGGAGGAAAAAGAAACCUCAGGAUUACCACAGUUUGCUGCACAGUGAUUAUAGAUACAUUGUUACUUAGUUUAUUUUCUUCUUUGAUAAAAAAAUAUGACAAAAUGUUUGAUAAAGUUCUAUAAUUUCCCUGUCUCUUACUUUCUCAUAAGUUCUUUAACUUAGACUUACAAGUUUAAAGAAAAAAUAUUGUCUUGAAAUUAAUUGGCUACAAUAUUGCAAAAGAAGACUAGAGUCCCUGAAGAAAAUUCAAAUGGGUUAUCACAAAAUAUCACAAAAAAACUGUUUCAAAUCAUGAGAAGAAUCAAAAGUUAUAUUUUCUGUGACGAGCUUCAAGUAAAUGUUCAGUCAAGAGAGAGAGAACAUCAGCAUGGGUUGGAUCUUCAUCUGAAACAAGCAAACAAGAUAAGUCGGAAGGAGCCAGCAAACUUAAAACAAAAACAAAAAUAUACCCACCAUCGUAAUACAGCAAAUCUACUAAGUGUGUUAAUUGUUUGUCAUCAUCAAUAAGCUUCUGCAAGGUUCGAUAAAAAUUGGAAAUAA